AUGUGCAAGGAUAGAGACGCGUUUAUCGAGUACGCGGACUUGUCGACAGCUCGCAACGUGAAUAGCGCGAAAAACAAUGCUAGCUCAAAGGUGCUUGGGCAAGGCACGGUGGUCUUGCGUGUUUGGAACGGCACAUUCUCGACAUGUGCACGACUGGAGAAUACACUUCACGUGCAAGACCUCAACAAGAACCUGUUCUCGCUGACAGCAGCUACUGCGCGCGGGAUGAAGAUUGAGAUCAACAGUGCAGGAUGUAUUGUAUUCAAAAGCGGGCAAAUCGUCGCAACAGGUGUGCGACGUGGGAUUCUUCUAACACUAAUUGUCGAAGAGGUUCCACAAUGCCAUGUGCUCGAAAACGAAGCUGAACUGUGGCAUCGCCGACUUGGACACAUUUCAUACUCGACCAUAAACAAGCUGAUUAAAGACGGCUGCAUCAAAGCAUAA